UUUAAAUAUCACAGCAGUGUUGCAUAUUCUCACAUCCAAAAACAAGAGAUGCUCAACAUGGAGAGAUUUGCAGCUUUUUACUCCAUUGUUUUUCUUCUGCUUCUAUGGCUUUGUUGGUGGAGCAGAAGAAGAAACUCACUAGUCAUCGACUGGCCUAUUUUCGGAAUGAUUCCAACGCUUCUUUACCAUUUCUCUCAUAUCCAUGAUUUUGCCACUUAUAUUCUUCAACAAAGUACAGGUCCAUUUUAUUUCAAAGGACCUUGGUUCAGUGGCAUGGAUUUUUUGGGGAUUGCCGAUCCCAUCAACGUUCAUUACGUUAUGAGCAAGAACUUCUCCAACUAUCCCAAGGGUGCUGAGUUCAAGCAGAUUUUUGAGCCUUUGGGAGAUGGGAUUUUCAAUGCUGAUUCUGAUAGUUGGAGUAUUCAGAGGAGAAUGGUUCAAUCUUUACUCCAUAAGAACAAGAAUUUCGACUUGGCUUUAGAGAUUACUCUGAAACAGAAGAUCUUACAAGGUCUUCUUCCGAUUCUUGAAAAUGUCUCGCAAGUAGAUAUGCAAGAUGUGUUUCAACGAUUUACGUUUGAUACUAUUUGCCAGUUGGUUUUAGGCUUUGAUCCAAAUUCUCUUUCUAUUGAAUUCUCUCAAAUUCCUCAUCAAAAAGCUUUUGAUGACAUCGAGGAGGCCUUCAUUUACCGACAUGCAGUGCCUGGAAGCAUAUGGAAGUUGCAAAAAUGGCUUCAGAUUGGGAAAGAGAAGAAGUUAAAGAAAGCUUGGGAGAUCUUUGAUGAUUUUUUGGAGCGAUGUAUCACAACAAAGCGAGAGCAAUUACGCCAAAACUGCAGAGAUCAAAUGGAAGGAGAGCGUUUCGACUUGUUAUCAUCCUUCCUCGCAGAAGACGAUGAUUUUGCAAAAGAGGCCGCAAAAAGUGGCAUUCAGACAAAAUCAAACAAGUUUUUAAGAGACAUGGCAUUGAAUCUCUUGGUAGCUGGGAGGGACACCAUAGGUGCUGCUCUUGUUUGGUUCUUUUGGCUUGUUGGAACACACCCACUUGUAGAGAAAAGGAUUUUGGAAGAGAUCAAAGGAAUUUUAGGAGAAAAACCAGGUGAAAAAUGGAGGGUUUUCAAUAUUGAAGAGGCAAGAAAGCUAGUUUAUCUGCAUGCAGUUAUAUGUGAGGUUUUGAGACUGUAUCCAUCGAUACCUUUUCAACACAAGGUGUCAACUCAACAAGACACUUUUCCUAGUGGGCAUAAUGUGCCUAAAAAUAUGAGGAUUCUGCUCUCCUUCUACUCAAUGGGCAGGAUGGAAGAAAUAUGGGGUAAAGAUUGCUUAGAAUUCAAACCAGAGAGAUGGAUUUCAGAAGGGGGAAAAAUCAAACAUGUGCCCUCUUACAAGUUCACAGCAUUCAAUGCAGGACCUAGGAGUUGCGUAGGUAAAGACUUGGCCUUUCUACAAAUGAAAAUUAUUACUUCUUUUGUAAUAUGGAAUUAUUCUCUUCAAGUGAUUGAAAACCAUCCUGUUAGUCCAAGUAUUUCAAUAGUACUUUAUAUGAAAAAGGGUUUGAAGGUUAGAGUUCUUAAAAGAUUUUCUUCCUGAAGAGGUUAGUCCAUCUAAUGGAAAACCAUCUAUGUAUUGUCGAGCAAAUCUAGAAGUCUUUCAUUGUAUUUUUUAAGUUGGUAAAAUAUAGAUAUGCUCUCUUGUUAAUAAA